AUGUCACAGGAGAACCAAACCACAGCUUCUGCUGUAACAGAGUUUUUCAUUGUGGGAUUCCCUGAACUUCAGCCUAAAUACUACAACCUGAUGGCCACAGUUUUGUUCUGCAUCUACAUAGCUGUGGUUACCGGUAACUCUCUUGUUGUUGUUCUUUUUAUCAUUGAACGCAGUCUCCAUAAGCCAAUGUAUAUUAUCAUGCUGAGUUUGGCUUUGUCUGAUAUUGGUUUUUGCACUGUUGCCUUGCCAAAAUUGAUUUCUCGUUAUUGGUUUAAUGACGGCUAUAUUGCUUUCUACGUUUGUAUGUUGCAAAGGCAGCUAAUUCACUACUUUGGUACACUAAAUUCUCUUAUCAUGAUGACCAUGGCCCUAGAUCGGUACUUGGCAAUCUGUUACCCACUAAGAUACACUGUUUUAAUGACUAAUUGCAAUAUGAGAAUUUUAAUAGGGUUAUCGUGGGCCUCUGCAAUGAUUGCCCCAUCUAUUAGUUCAAUACAGACAUUGCAAAUGCCAUUCUGUGGUCCAAAUAGGAUCCUUAAUUGUUUCUGUGACGCCUCUUCUAUGAACCAGCUCGCCUGUGCUGAUGCCACCCGCCAGAGGCUUGUGUCCUAUAGUAUGGCAAUGUUUGUUCUUCUCGUACCAUUCUCUUUCAUUCUCAUUUCCUAUGUUAGUAUACUUGUGUCUGUGCUUCGAAUAGCAAAUGCACAAGGCCGACUUAAAGCCCUCUCUACCUGUGCAACACAAGUGACUAUCAUUACCAUCUAUUAUGUGCCACGUUUUAUUGUUUACUCCGGCACUGAUAUACCAAACACUCCAUUACCAAUAAGCAGAAGUCAGAGAAUCACCCUGGUUAUGUUCUAUAGUCUUCUGCCUCCACUGGUGAAUCCUUUCAUUUACUGCAUCAGGGUCAAAGAAAUCAGACAGUUCUUCCUAAAAUGUGUCCAGACAAAUCGAAAGGGCAAUAGCUUAACUAUUUCUAAAUGA